AUGGCUUUCCUGAUCCCAAUAUCUCCCAACCCCUCGAGAGAAAUUACCAAAAAGCUUGAAUAUGAUGGUGGAUCAGCAAUAUUAAGCGAUCAAAUGAUGCCAAAGAAGGAGACACGAGCUAAAUUGACGAUACGGAAGAAUGAUAAUCAUCAUGACCAAACCAAUCUUCCUCAAUAUCGGUCAAAAGGUGAGACAGAAACUAAUUCGCUCAAGUGGAUGUCUUCGAAGGUGAGAUUGAUGAAGAGGAAGACCAUGAUCACCUCCACCGACAACAACAAACAACACGUUAACAAUGAACAGUUCUUGAACGAUAGCUCUCUCGAAGAAGAUCAUUUCAAGAAGAUCUCAAAAAAACAAUACAAUAGUAUUAUUAACGAGAAUGGUUAUAACGGAAGCAACAACUGCGUAAUUAGGUUUUGCUCCGAUUGUAACACGACCAAAACUCCUCUUUGGAGAAGUGGCCCUAGAGGUCCCAAGUCUCUUUGUAACGCGUGUGGGAUAAGGCAAAGGAAAGCAAAGCGAGCUGCUAUGGCAGCUACAGCCGCAACCACAACCUCUGACUUGUCACCACCGCUCCUGAAGAAGAAGAAGAUGCAAAACAAGAACAAGAGAUCUAAUGAAGUUUAUAAUAAUCUCUCUUCUCCUUCGGCUCCAGAGGUAAAGAAAUAUAAGAGUAUGACCACAUCGGUGGAGGAAGCGGUACUGAUGAUGGAAGGCGCAACAACCGAGGGUUUGGAGACUCAAGGCAAACCGGCUAUGUCGUCUUCUUCGACAUCUUCCUCUUCCGACAAGUUUUAUUUCGAUGAUCUAGCCAUAAUUUUGAGCAAAAGCUCAGCUUAUCAGCAAAGUUUCCCUCAAGAUGAGAAGGAGGCUGCCAUUUUACUAAUGGCUCUAUCGUAUGGAAUGGUACACGGGUGAUUCUUUAAUCAAUACCCACCUCUUUAGUUAAGAAGUUAGGGAAUUAUUAUUAUUAAUGGUGCCAUAAUACGUUGUUAAGUUUUGUUCUUGCGGUGAUAGAUCAAUAUCAAGAAUUCCAACUUAUGGGGUUUAUAAUUAUUUUCAGUAAUUAGAAUAGUUUGUAUGGAGCUUGAUAUUCAAAUAAUUAUACAAGUAGACCG